AUGUUGGAGUUUUAUGGGCUAUUCCCUAUUGUAGUUUCACUCAUAUUAUUGAAACUUUGCCACUCUUUAUACCGUUGGAGGAGCCCUAAAUGCAAGGGCAGACUUCCUCCAGGAUCCAUGGGGUUUCCUAUAAUCGGAAAAACUCUUGAAUUCAUGACGCCUUAUGAUUUCAAUUCUGUGGUUUCACCGUAUCUAAAGAAGAGAAUAUCAAGAUAUGGUUCAAAAGUGUUCCGGACAAGUCUUUUUGGGGCCAAAGUUAUAAUCUCAACUGACCAUGAAGUGAAUAUGGCGAUGGCAAAGUCAAGUACACAGUUAGGCGCCACCGAGAGCUUAAGGAGGCUCUUUGGAGAGAACAGCGACUUCCUCCAGAGGAAGGAGAUUCAUAAAUAUGUCCGAAACCUUACUUCUAGAUUUGUGGGUCCAGAAAACUUAAAAACCAGGUUGAUUCAAGACAUAGAUGUUUUAUCUCGCAACUACUUCGAGAUGGAUGACAAAGCAAUAAGCAGUUCUUUUGACAUUAAAGAAGCAGCAACCAAGAUGGUGGUUGACCUUAUCGUGAAGAAAGUGAUUGGUGAAAUGGAAUCUGAGGCGGUGAAAGAACUAGGACUUUGUUGGACUGCUUUCCGAACAAAUUGGUUUAGUUUCUCUUACAAUGUUCCCGGAACGACGGUUUAUCGCUUCGUGAAGGCUCGGAGGAAAGUGACAAAGCUACUAAAGGGCCUGAUUCAGGAGAAGAAUACGUCUAAAGAAGGACUAGGCGAUUUCCUGGAAAUUUUAUUUGAUGAAAUGAAGAAAGAUAGUGCGGCUUUGGAUAUAGAUAAAGCCGUAAAUUUAAUAUUCACAUUUUUCAUACUCUCUCAAGAAACGACUCCCGGAAUUUUAGCAGCAACUGUGAAGCUCGUUGCUGACCAUCCUAAUGUCAUGGAAGAAUUAAAGAGAGAGCACGAGGCCGUUGUUGAAAACCGUGGUGAUAAUCAGACAGGCCUAACAUGGGAGGAAUACAAGUCUAUGACUUUCACUCACAUGGUUAUCAAAGAGACGCUUCGGUUUACUAGUGCACAACCUACGGUACAUAGAAUACCCACUGAGGACACUCAAGUUGGAGGUUAUACUGUACCAGCUGGGUGGUUAUUUUUUGGUAUUCCUUUAGUUCAUUUCGAUGAAGUAAAGUAUGAGGAUCCACUCAAAUUUAAUCCAUGGAGAUGGAAGGGGAAAGAUUUACACGGUACAUUGUCCAAGGAUUACAUUCCGUUUGGAGCUGGUGCCACGCUUUGCGUAGGGUCUGAGUUUGCGAAGUGUAUAAUCGCAGUGUUUCUCCAUCAUUUGUCUAGAUUCAGGUGGUCCUUGGACCCGAAAACGAGAGUGCUUCGAAGGUAUAUGCUUAUGUUUCCGGCUGGUUGCAAAGUCGAGAUUGCAAAGGAACUAAGUGAUCAGAGUUGA